AUGUCGACCUCGCCGAAGCGCAAGCUCGAUACCAUAGCCGACGAACAACCUCUUAAGAAGACGAAGAUGCACACGAAUGGGCAUACCGACGAUGACGAAGAAAUGGCCGAAGAGAUCCCCUUCCAAAAGCCAACCCCCGAUUCACAGAUCAACCACGCCGCCGCGAUAGCAUACUGGUCAACCACACCCGCCACCGUCGAUGGAGUACUCGGCGGAUACCCGCAAGUCAGUCGCGUAGACCUCCAAGGCUCAGCGAACUUCCUCGCGAAACUGCGGCGCCAAUCGAAGCACUUCCCACCCUCCAAGGGCAAAUUGAGAACAGUUGCAGAUUGCGGUGCGGGGAUAGGCAGGAUUACGAAGGGAUUUUUGCAGAAUGUGGCGGAGACGGUGGAUAUCGUGGAGCCGGUCACUUCGUUCACUGAUCAGGUCAAGGACGAGCCUUGUGUUGGGAAGAUCUACAACGUGGGGUUGGAGGAAUGGAAGCCAGACAACGGCGUCGUAUAUGAUGUCGUGUGGAAUCAGUGGUGCGUUGGACAGCUCACCGAUGCGCAAUUGGUCGAGUACCUACGACGAUUACCUGCGGUGGUGGAAGAAGGGGGUUGGAUCGUGGUCAAGGAGAACCUGAGCAACAACUACGUGGGGGAAGAUGUCUACGACGAAACCGAUAGCAGCGUGACGAGGACGGACGACAAGUUUCGGAAGCUUUUCGAGGAAGCUGGAUUGCGGAUCGUCCUUACGGAGCUGCAGAAGGGGUUCCCAAAGUCGCUGUACCCAGUGAGGGCAUAUGCUUUGCAGCCGAAGUAG